AUGGCGGAGCCACCUCCUCAUCACCUCCAUCAUCAUCAUCAUCCACACUUUCCCACUACUCCCAACAUCAUCUACGACUUCAUCACCCAACCUGCUGCAGAACCCAACCCCCAUCAUCCCCCUCCAAAACCAAAACCAAAACCAAAACCAAAACCAAAACCAAAACCCUACCCGCUCUCUUCAUCCUCCUCCACUCCUCCUCGAAUGUUCUCCUGUCUCUACUGUUCCCGCAACUUCUGCACUUCUCAAGCUUUGGGAGGCCACCAAAACGCCCACAAGCGUGAAAGAGCUGCCGCCCGCAGGACUUCCUUCGCCGCCUCCUCCUUUUCUUCCCGCAACCCUCCCCUAAUAUCGCCCAAUCCGCCUCCCCUCCCCUCCUCCUUGGACCUAAACCCCCCUUCUUCUAACUCGUCUUACGGCUGCUGCCGCCAACUCCACCGACACCCGCUUGAUCAUGCCUCUCCGCCACCAUUCCCUUCCUUCCCCGGGUUCGCCGCUCCUCCUCCGCCCCCUCUUGCUGCACCUGAACUUCAUCACAUUAUUCCUGCCGGCUCAUCCGCGUCGUGGACUACGAUAGUCGAUCUGGAGUGCUCCAACACUACUUCUUGUACUACUACUACUGCUACUAGUAACUUGGACCUUACCCUCCAUUUAUGA